UUUAAAGGAAGAUAAGAGGAGUGGAAAACAGAAGGAAAGAGAGAGAAAGAGUGUGUGCGAGGACUGAGAAGUGAUGGAAGAUCAUCUUAACCCAUUAGCUGUUACUCAUCUCCUUCAACACACCCUGAGGAGCUUGUGCGUUCACGAGAACUCUCAGUGGGUUUAUGCAGUCUUUUGGAGGAUCUUGCCUAGGAAUUACCCACCUCCCAAAUGGGAUGGUCAAGGAGCUUAUGACAGGUCAAGAGGAAACAGGAGGAACUGGAUAUUGGUCUGGGAAGAUGGUUUCUGUAACUUUGCUGUCUCUGCAGCUGAGAUCAACCCAUCAGGAGACUGUCCUGGUUCCUCCGUCCAUGGGAACUGUGAAUUUCCACAGUAUCAAGGACUGCAACCAGAGCUUUUCUUCAAGAUGUCCCAUGAAAUCUACAACUAUGGAGAAGGUUUGAUAGGAAAAGUGGCAGCAGAUCACAGUCAUAAGUGGAUAUACAAAGAACCAAAUGACCAGGAAAUCAACCUCUUGUCAGCAUGGCAUAACUCUGCAGACUCGCAUCCUAGGACAUGGGAAGCUCAGUUUCAGUCUGGUAUAAAGACCAUAGCCUUGAUUGCUGUUAGAGAAGGUGUUGUUCAAUUAGGAGCUGUUCACAAGCUAAUUGAAGAUCUGAGUUCUGUUGUUCUAUUGAGGAAGAAAUUCAGCUACAUAGAAAACAUUCCUGGGGUGCUCUUGCCCCACCCAUCAUCUUCUGCGUACCCUUUCAAAGCAGAUGGGUACAGUGGCACACCGGAGGCAUGUUACUACCCAGGAACCUGCAUUCUGCCGCCACCUGAAUUCUACGACCAGUUCAAUCAGCCAAUGAAGAUCACCCCCUCCAUGAGCAGCCUUGAAGCCCUUCUUUCCAAACUCCCAUCAGUUGUACCCCCACAAGCUUCAGGGUACUGCGAGUCACAACCACAGUUCCAGAUUGCAUCAUCAUCCCAAAGGCCUCUAGAAUAUUCUGAAAUAGAGAAGGUGGCCAAAGAGGAGAUGGAUGAAGAGUAUAGGCCUGAACAAGAAGUGGGUGAGAGUAGCAGUUCCAUUGCUGCUUAUCAUCGUCAACAGCAGCAUUUUCAUCACCACCAAGGCAAAACCAGCAACAGACCCAAUAAUGGGUUUUUUGAGUAGUAAAGUUAAAUCAUACUAUUGAUUUGAUCGUUUGGGGAUCAGUGAUUGAUUGUCUCUAACGUUUGCAUUAGCUACCACUAUUAGUUUGAGUUUGAUGUGCUUUUCUACUUUGCAGUUGUACUUAUGCCAAAGUAAUUAGCUUUCUUUGCUGUGGCGGCUGUCUGUGCCUAGAUUCUUAAGUAUAUAUCUUAAUGAAAUGAAUUUUCCUUU